AUGAACUCUGCAUCAAAAUUGCCAAACCAAUACACCUACAAUAAGUUUGGGUCCAGAAACUCCAACCCUCUAAAGACUAGCCGAAGGGAGGCCCUAGAACCUGUGAAGGGGGCAAUCUCUAAGAGCUACAGUGCUAACACCCCCACUACUAUGGGAAAAUUGGAUGCUCUUGACUAUGCAAACAACUAUAUCCAUACUGGAAAAUCGCCCGUGGAAUACAUCAGAAACAUCAAUAAUCCCAUCGAGGGCUACCCCAAAUUGACCAGACUUCACAACCUCAAAAAAGAGCAAGUGAAAAAGCAUGCAGUUCAACCUUACGGUGCAAGAGUUCCCACCAACAAGAUUGUGCCCACUUUAAAUAAGUGGAUCAAUGAAUAUGGUCUCAAGUUCGACGUUAUCAUGAUCGGAGCCUUGGUGGAGAAUCAGUUUAUCUUGCCGAUUCUACUCAACCUACCUAUCCAUCAAUUGUGUGCUAAACCAGGAUUCUUGUUCAUCUGGGCUACUACCCACAAGAUCCAGGAGCUCACUAAAGUGUUGAACAAUGAUAAUUUCAAUAAGAAGUUCAGAAGAUCUGAAGAGCUCAUAUUCUUACCCUUGAACAAAGACUCGCCCUACUAUCCUGGGGAUGACACAUCGUCGCUAUUUGAGAAACAGCAGUGGCACUGUUGGAUGUGCAUCACAGGUACGGUGAGAAGAUCCACAGAUAAUCAUUUGAUCCACUGUAACGUAGAUACAGACUUACAGAUUGAAUCGCCUCAGUCGCCGAGACGAAAUGAUGCGGUCCCAGACUCAUUGUACAAAAUCGCUGAGAACUUCUCGAACUCCAACAGAAGGCUUCACAUAAUACCAUCAAGGAUUGGCUACAACUUGGUGCCAAGAAUGAGGCCAGGAUGGGUCAUCAUGGGGCCUGAUCUGUUGGUGGAUAACUUCGAUCCAGUUCACUACGAAGAGGAGUUAUACGGAAAGUCCUUGGUCAAAUACAGCCAGAACAAUGGCAAAACGAUUACCCAGUUCUUGGUGCAACAGACAGACGAAAUAGAGGAGUUGAGACCUAAGAGCCCUGUUUCAAAUGUAUCUAAUAGUUAG